CCGGGGGACCGCCGGGCUGAGCCCCGCUGAGCCCACCGGGCCGGCCAUGGGCGACCGCGAACGCAACAAGAAGCGGCUGCUGGAGCUGCUGCAGGCGGCGGGCACCGGCAACUCUCACUGCGCCGACUGCGGGGCGGCGGAUCCUGACUGGGCCUCCUACAAGCUGGGCAUCUUCAUCUGUCUGAAUUGCUCCGGCGUCCACCGCAACUUCCCAGACAUCAGCAGAGUUAAAUCCGUGAGACUUGACUUCUGGGAUGACAGUACCGUGGAGUUUAUGACCCACAACGGGAACCUCCGUGUGAAGGCCAAGUAUGAAGCCAGAGUCCCUGCUUUCUACUAUAUCCCCCAGGCCAACGACUGUCUGGUCUUAAAGGAACAGUGGAUUCGAGCUAAGUAUGAAAGACAGGAAUUCAUGGCCGAUGGGAAAACCAUCUCACCCCCAGGUAACCGAGAAGGGUUCUUGUGGAAGCGGGGAAGAGACAAUGCACAGUUCCUGAGAAGGAAGUUUGUUCUCCUGGCAAGAGAAGGCCUCCUGAAAUACUAUACUAAAGAAGAGGGUAAAGGCCCCAAAGCUGUCAUCAGCAUCAGAGACUUGAAUGCCACCUUUGAAACAGAGAAGAUAGGGAACCCCCACGGGCUGCAGAUCACCUACAGGAGAGAGGGCCACAUCAGGAACCUGUUCGUGUACCACGAAAGUGGGAAGGAGAUAGUGGACUGGUUCAAUGCCCUCCGUGCAGCCCGUCUGCAGUACCUAAAAACGGCCUUUCCUGAGCUCCCAGAGUCUGAGCUCGUGCCCCUCAUCACCAGGAACUACCUCAAACAAGGCUUCAUGGAAAAGACGGGCCCAAAGCAGAGAGAACCUUUCAAGAAAAGGUGGUUUGCCCUGGAUCCCCAGGAGCGGAGGCUGCUCUAUUACAAGAACCCACUGGAUGCCUUUGAACAGGGCCAGGUUUUUCUUGGGAGCAACGAGCAGGGGUAUGAUGUAUAUGAAGACCUGCCCAAGGGCAUCCGAGGGAACCGCUGGAAAGCUGGCCUCACCAUCAUCACCCCUGAGCGGAGGUUCGUCUUCACCUGCCCCAGCGAGAAGGAGCAGCGGGAAUGGCUGGAGAGCUUUCAGGAUGUCCUCUCCCGCCCCCUGACGCCCCUCAACCUCCUCGCUGCAUCAACAGAGGGCAGCCACGGCCGCAGGUGACCCAUUAGCUGAGGAGCUGGCCACUGGUCACCCGGAGCUUGUGGUGGGAAGGACAAGUUCUCACCUUGGCCUUGGUUGCCCAGCUGGAGGGCCCCAUAGGCAACAGCCAUCGCCGGCCAUGAACUCUGCCAAGACUGAAGCUUUGGCCUUUACCUGUUGGCUCCCCAGGCCUUCCCACUGCCCAGCCCUGGGGGUCUUGGGGCUCUGGCACAUGUCCUCAAGGCCCAGGACAUCUGAAAUGAAGGCACCGCAAUGGAAAGCCACCCACCGUGUCAUGCAAGUGGCAUUUUUGCUCAAAGAGAAAAAAAGUUUAAUCUGGAUCUAACCAUGAGGAACUAAUCAGACAAAUUCACAUUAGAGACAUUCUCUGAAACAGCUGGCCUGGACUCUUCAAAAGUGUCAGUAUCAUGAAAGAUAAAGUAGUGAGGAAAGGGUUCUAGAUUUAAAAAGACUAAGGAGGCAAGAAAAUGCAAUUCAUGAUUCUUGACUGGAUCCUGGAUUUUUAUGAUUUAUUUUUUUAAAGAUUUUUAUUUGUAAGUAAUCUCUACACCCAACGUGGGGUUCAAAUUUACAACCCCGAGAUCAGGAGUUGCACACUCUCCUGACUGAGCCAGCCAGGCUCCCCUGGAUCCUGGAUUUUUACAAAGCAGCUACAAAAGACAUAAUGGAGAUAACUGGGGAAGUUUGAACAUGGAUGUAUACUAGCCAAAGAGUGUUGUAAAACUGAUAAUUAUGUUGUAUUUGUGUAGAUUGUUCUUGUUCUUCAGGGAUACGUGCUAAAGUGUUCAGGGGUAAAGUGUAAUAAUUUUUAGUCUA